AUGGUUAAUUCUUAUUAUUAUGAAAAUAUGCUCAAAUCUGCUCAUUUUCAUGAUAAUGUUGGUGUGCAAUGUGAUUCUGGAAGUUUCUCGUUUGUGGAUAAUAAUUUAGAGAAAAAUUUGGUUUGGCAAACCAUUGGUGGAGAUCUUGUAUUACAUGAACUAGAUUUUAAAGCCACUUCAUGUACCAAAACUUUAGUCAUCAAAUCACCCGAAAAUUCGAUUUUUCUGCCAGGUACAUCCAUCAAGCAAACUUCAAGAGGAAUAGUAAUUUGGCUUUUAUCUUCUAACAGAACAUUAUUUUGUUUGAGCAUCAACAAGAAAGAGAAGAGUUUUAUUGAAGGAAUUACAGAAAACAAUCUUCAAGUUGACUCAUUUAAUAUUGGUACUUCAGACCAAGAAAUUGAAGGAACCUACAAUAGAUUACAACAAAAAUCUAUCUUUAACGGAUUAUUUGGAAGCGGAUCUCAGGAUAGCAAUAAUAUGGAGUUUUUCAAGACUUAUUCUGAACAUUUUCCAACUUGUCUUUGUGCAAUUGAUUCACAAGCAGUUAUUGUGGGUCUAGCUAAUGGCAAUCUUUUAAGAAUUAUUAGAGAUGGAUCAAAUUUUAUUCAUAACACUUUUUUGUUUGAAACCUCAUCUUCUUGGAACUGGUUUUCAAACAAAUCUUCUGAGAAGAAUCUUAAAGAGGUUUUCAAAAAUCUUACGGUAUCAGUACAACAUCUAAGCCUUUAUGAAAAUCAACUCAACAUUAUUGCCUCUUUGCAUAGGGAUGGAAGCCUUCUUAUUUGGAAAGAAGAUAGUGACACCAGUGUCUCACUGGGUAGAGAGAUACUUCCAGCAAAUAAUUUGAAACUUUUGAAAAUUAAUCUUCACAAUGAUGGAAUUAAUGAUAUUAACUUUUGUUCCCUUCCUCUAAAAAUAACAAAAGAAAGUGAUGAUUCAACAUUCCAAAUUAUUGCAAGUGGCACACAAAAUGAUAGAACACAAUUUACAGUAUUUGGUUUUCAGACAUUUAGUGAAGACAAUUCAUUUGACAUUACAUAUAAUGGAGUUGAAAAUGUCAAGUGUUUUUCUUCAGAAUUUCUUCCAAAAGAUAUUUUCUCAGUAGAGCGGGAAAGAAAGAACUUAUUUUCCAAUCUUAUUAGCUAUUCUUUAUAUAAUGGUACUGUAUGGGGUAUUUGGUCAAUUAGAGAUUACACAUCUAACUUGGAAGAAAAUGCAAAUAUUUCAUAUACUAUUGCCUAUGGUUCUUUAUUGAGUGAUUCUUGUCAACCUUCUGCUUGGUGUUUUGCCCGUACAUUACAUUCACAAUUAUCUAGUGGAGUAUCUAAGUUUUACGGAAAUGUUUAUAGUAAUUCAAAAAAUAUUGGCUCAUAUGUGGAGCAGUUUUUAUUUACCUCUACAACUAGAUUACAGUUAAAUUCGAACUUAUUAUUCAGAUCUAUAGUUCCAUUCUAUCCAAAAGAUAGUUUACAUUCUCUAACGCUAGAAUUAGGCAUAACCGAGGAUAAACCAUUAAUUCCCUUUACUUAUAUUAAUGACGCAUACUGGUCAGACAAAAUCAAAUAUGCCAUUGAAUACACCAUUUCACAAAAAAGGGCAGAAAUCACAACAAAAGAUUUAUUAGAGAGAAACGUUCUUGAGUCUAAAAUUGAAAUUCAAACCUGGUUGGAAUUUUUGCAAACCUUAGCACGUAUAUCAAGUUUAAAUCAACCAACUGGCUUUGUUUUCAUGAAUUCCACACCUGCCGUAAUGUAUAACCAAUCAAUUUGUUUGCUCCGUCAACUUGAUAUACUAGAAUCUAUUCAACAAACAGCCAAUCAAUCUUUGAGGGGAAGUAGAAACUACCUUCUUUUGGCUAACAAUUUAGAAAUCAAAGAAAGUAUCUCCAAACGAUCAACAUUCUCUAGGGACCUUGUAGAAUUCUUUAGAAUUUUGAACUUUAUUGAUAAGUCAGCAUCUGAGUUAUUAUCUACCUUUACUGUACUACCAUACUAUUUCUCACAAGAGUCUACAAACGACAAUCCUGCAAUAAUUGCCAGAAAAAUGGCUACAGAGCUUGUUUCUGGUCUUUCAAACCAUAACAGCGACACGCCAGACACUCUCAUCAAAGACUUUAAACAAAGCCAUCACAAGAAGCUUUUUGUUAACGGAUUAAUUGAUAGAAUGUCAGCCAUUAGAAAUACACCUGUAUCCUCUAUUUUGAAUUACAUAAUACGUACUUUAAUGGUUUCUGAAAUAGAAUCCAAGAAGGACUUGAUUUCAAUGGAUAACUCUAUUCUUAUUCAAUUGAUUAAUGCUUCUUCAAUACAAAUUUUAGAGUCAAGAUAUCAGCUCUUGUGCCAGUUAUGCAUUUUUAUUGAAAUUGCUGGUCUAUUAACUUUAAAUGGAGAAAACAACAAUAUUGAAGCAAACACUUGCUACUCCUUACUUAGAAGCUACCAUUUGGCGUGGUGGCUUUGCAAUAGAAUUGUAGAAUCAAGCACAAACAGUUUAAACUUGGCUGUCUCCCUUUCAAACUCCAAACUGAAUAUGGCUGAUUUUCUUCUCACUCAUCCUUCCCCAACCAUUGAUACUAAAUAUUUUAUUGAGAUGUUAUUGACUGAACACGAAGUUAAGAAAAAGUUGCAAACAAAUCUAGAACAGCCACCCCUUUCCUAUCUUGUAACUAAUAUUAGCUUGAUGAUAAUUCAACGUGUUAUUUUGGUGGACUAUGAAAGCAACAAAGCCCAAAGAAACACUGUAGAAAUAGCCCAAUAUCUAUUAAAUUGGCAAGCAUAUGGCGCUUUAAAGAGAUACUGCUUGCUCCUUCAAAGUUAUGACUCUUCAUUCCCUCUCACCUAUCAUUACUUGGCCCUUGCAAAUUUACAAGAGGGGGAUCUAUCUCGAGCAAAGCAAAACUUUUUGCGAUGUGCAAUUAUUGGUGUUAGUAAUAGAGAAAGAGAUCAGGAAACAUUGGCAUUAUUUAAACUGAUGAAUAUUUACUGGAAAGUUGAACCUACUUUGAAUAAUCAAACAAUUGAAGAUCGUGUGAAAAUAUCUCUUCUUUUCUAUUACUAUAAUUAUAUUAGGCAGUUAUGUGAAAAGCAUCCAGAAUUAGCUUUGGAGUUUAUCAAUCUCUCCCUAACAGAAGCUGACAGUGAUUUGAUACCUACGGAAGAGAUUAGUAUUUUGUAUAGUGUACUAUUUUCUCUCUGUAUACACUUUGAACGCUUUGACAUGGCAUAUGUUUCUCUAAACUCACAAAAUGAUAUCCAAAGAAAGAAAUCGGAUUUGAGAAAGUUUGUGGGUACUCUUUGUGAUUUGGCUGCCUAUAGCACCGAACAAUGCAAAUAUUUUGGUAAUAUGCUCUGUGAACUACCAUUUAGUGGAAGCAGAAAUGAUGUCAAUGACUUACUUCAUGAAAGAGCCAAAUACGCUGAUCUCAGUAUUAGACUUGCCAAUAUCGGCACAUCCCAUGUUAAGGUAUUGUGUACAAAUGGAUCCAGAUCAGGAAAUUACACACUUCUAGAAGAACACACACAAAAACUAAAUACUGUUUUCACUUAUUAUCAUCUCCUUUACUCUUACAACAUUCAUAGAGGAGAUUACAACAAGGCAGCAAUGUACAUUUACGAAUUGGGAAGAAGAAUAGAAAGUCAAAUAAGAAUUGUUCCAUUUUCUGCAACUCCUAACGAUUGUCAUGCUGAAAUUCUUGAAGCCUAUCUUCAAAAGCAAACUGAAUGCUUCUUGAUUGCUCUCAAUGCUUUGAAAACUGUUUCAGAAAACAAUCAAUGGUUCCUUUAUCCACGCAGUGACGAAGAAUCCAUGGAUAGGGCAAUUAGUCCACUAAAAAGAAUUAGAGAUGAUCAAAUGCAAGUUGAACAAGAUUUGACAUUUACAAAACCUCACAUUAUUACUCUAUCGCAUCUGGAAAAGAGGUAUCAGCUAUCAUCAUCAAAGCUUUUUAUUCUUCAGGCCCAAAAGAAAACUCCUUCAUUUAACAUACUUUCUCUCGUACUUUUGAGUAAUCCAAUAGAUAUUAUUUCACAAUUCUUAUCUGGAAAUUAUGAAACUGUUGAAAAAGCUUUUAUGGUAGCCUCUGCAUGUAAAUUGACUACUCCAGAAAUGUGUAUCUUGUUCUCAAAAUUAACCAAAAAAUGUUGUGAAAGUGGUGAUAUUAACACUAGUGGUACUUCUAAGAAGAUGUGGAAUUUACUCAGAAUGAAGUUGAACAAAUAUAAUAAUGCAUCUACAGGUUAUUUAUUUGCCUCUUCCGCAAUUAGAACUAUUUAUCAAGAAUUACAAAGUGGAUACAUUCAAAGAGAGGAAUGUUACUUACCAAACUGGCUGGUAAAACAAUGCGAUCCUAAUUCGUUGUUGAGGAUUUAUUUGGAAUUUGGAAAGAUUUCUGAAGCACAAAAACUAUUGGUACAAAAAUCAAUGGAAUCGGACUCUUCGCCUUUACUGACUCUUCCAAUUUCCCAAACAUUAGUAGAAUAUGUUGUAAAGCAAUAA